AUGAAGGACAAGAAACCAUACGAUUUGAGAAACACUCUAAUAAUUUAUAAUUUUAUUCAAGUUCUUGUAAGCCUUUAUCUUGUUUACGAAGGUUUGAUGGCUGGUUGGUUGUACGAAUAUAGUUAUAUUUGUCAACCAGUCGAUUAUUCAUAUAAACCGAGUUCAGUGAGGAUGGCCGAUGGUGUUUACCUGUACUUCGUAUGCAAACUGAUUGAGCUACUAGACACGGUGUUUUUCGUUCUGCGCAAAAAAGAUCGACAGAUUACGUUCUUGCAUCUUUACCAUCAUUCGCUGAUGCCAGUCUGUGCUUGGAUUGGUGUGAAGUUCUUUGCCGGUGGUCACCCGACUCUCCUUGGCGUCAUCAACGCUUUCGUCCACGUUUUUAUGUAUACCUAUUACAUGUUGGCAGCAUUCGGGCCGCAUAUGCAGAAAUAUCUUUGGUGGAAAAAAUAUCUGACCAUCAUACAGAUUAUACAAUUUAUUAUAGUAUUUUUCCACAACUUCCAAAUGCUGUUUACUAGCUGUAAUUUCCCUAAGCCACUGUCGUUUUUGCUCAUGAUCAAUGCCGGCUUAUUCAUGUACAUGUUUGGAUCAUUUUAUGUAAAUAAUUAUUUGAAGUCGAAUGUAGGACGAUUAUCGAAAACUAAUGGCGCUAUUAAUGGCUCUGUUAGAACUAACGGUAACGCAAUUUCCAACAAGCAUAAUAAAUCCAACUAA